GCAAAGCAACAAGUAGAAGCUCUUCGUUUCCCGCCAUUCUUCCGACUGAGGUGUGUGAGUGGCUCACUAGUUGCCAGGCGGUGUCUUGAGCAAGGACACUAGUGUCCGACACCGGUGGCGGACACUAGUGUCCCUCGUGCGUAAGAGCCUUAGCCGGUCGGCUGGUGUCUGUAGACCGGGCUCGAUCCACAGUUAGCGAGUUCGGUGCCAUACCAAUCACCCUAUCUAGUAGCUAGAUAGAUGGGUGACAGAUAGUACUCUGUAAGAGAUUCGAUGAGACCUUGUUGACAUUGUUAUCCUCGAUGAUGAAAGAAACUAUUUUAAUUGUUUCCUGCUGUUUUUCAUGACGAAAUUCUACGAAUGUUAAGAUUUCCAUGUAUUGUUUUAAACAACUCGCAACCAUUCCAUUACCGGUUUAAGAUUGAAUAAUCCUGCCAUGAAAGUGAACGACUGUGAUGCAUAUGCAUAUGGUGGCAUAUAUUAGCAAUUACAUAACUGGUAAGGCUUCGUAUCAUGGCAGACAUCUUCUCGACAGUUAAGGUAUACGCAAGACAACACUAAUGCUGGUUAGCUUAAGUCUUUAUGAUUAUUAGCCUUUUCUAUUUCAAAUUAUGCAAUUACAAGUUUGUAUAUUUUUUAGAUCGUUUUUGUUAUGAGAUCAAUGUUUUCUUAGGCACCCUCUCAACCUGAACCAUUAUUUUGUUUUAUUUAUAACCAUUCUCAAUAAGUUUGGAUAUGCUGUUAUGCAACAACAUACAUGCUGUAUGUGACGCCGUCAUAAUAUGAACCCAAAUAAAACACCAUGUAUUACAGCUAUAUCUUUGAAGAAAUAUAAACCUCAUUGUCAUUUUUAGUAAUUAUAUCCCAACUGUAAUUCUUUACCAAUUAUAUAGUAGUUGCUUGCGUCAUUCUUGUUACUUAGGCAAAUGACUGUUGAUGUCUGAGUACUCCAACUUCACCUUUUCUCCUUAACAAAUGAUUAAUAGUGGAAAACUGGACCUUUCUCACUCUCAUCAGCUGUAUGUAGGCUACCGUCAGCUGAAGCGACUGGCCCCAGUCAUGAUCAGUUAUGUCUUUUCCGGUGUGCUACUUGUCAACUGGACGGAAUGCAACGUUGUCACUGAAAUAAGAGAAGAAUGGCAGUGGGUAUGUGGUGUCCUGUCAGUGAUGUUAAGCUGGUUCAACGUGGUCAUGUUGCUGGGUUGGAUACCAGCUUUCGGACUUUACCUCAUCAUCCUGAAUGAUUUCAUGAUGACGAUGCUGAAACUUGCAUUUUUCUUCUUCCUCCAAGUCAUCGCAUUUUCUGUCGCCUUCCAGAUGCUUCUGAGAGACCACUUUGUCUUCAGUAACUACGCCAGGUCCCUCAUGAAAAUACUAACCAUGGUCAUGGGAGAUUUAAGUUACGAUGAUCAUUUCAGUAACAAGGAAAGACCCUUACAUUACCCAUUACUCAGUCACCUGCUACUCAUUUGUUUCUUGGGAAUUAUCGGUGUCAUCACGCUCAAUCUGAUUAGCAAUUUUUCGAAUGACGAGCUGGAUAAGGCGAAGAAGGAGACGAAAUUGGUAACUUUGUCGCACCAGGUAACAAUGAUACUAGAAAUGGAGUCCAUGUUUCCUCCUCUGCGCAGGCAUUAUGCACGAGGCUGGGUGGAGGAUUCACCUCCAGCAUAAAGUAUCAUCCACCAUAGCGCUGGUGGCUCUUGCAAGGAAUUACCAGAAAACAUUUGAACGAAAACAAAUCAGGUAGCUCUUAUAGCUGUUCAGUUGGUGAUGAAAAGUGUUUAUGGAGGAUAUGAGAAUUCAGGUUAGUGAACUGAAGUCAAACAAGAAAUAAGCUAAUCAUAAUUAAUCAAGGUGUGAGUAACACUCUGUAGGAAACUUGAAAAAUAGGUCAAUUUGCAUUGCUUUCAUAUCAGAAUGCCAAAGAUGGGGCAAAUUUGCCUCUUGUGGUCACAAACAUUAUUUUGAGGUAUAUUUUAUGUAUUAACAUAUAGUUACAUAUUUAUGUUUAUAUACUUCAAAAUGUGUAGCUUAUGUCGAAUGUUUUGAAUCUAAAGUCAUUCUGUUAUGGUCUCUUUAUAUAUGUGUAGUAAUAUAUAUAUAUA